AUGCCGACCCUGUUUGACAACACAAAGUUUUCCUCAGCUCCGGCUCUGGAAGCCCUUCCAAACGAACUACUCUUGCAGAUCAUCUCCGAAGUCGUUCUCUCUUCUACGUGGCCUGACCACAAGCUAGAGCAAGCAUCACCUAUUACUGGCACCACCAAAACGGGCUGGAAGGGACUCAAAAGCGCAUGGGAGACACCAAGCGGCAUCCACGCUGUGACUCUGACCUCCCGUCACCUCCAUGACCUCGCGAACAUUGUGCUGUAUCGCACUGUAGUUCUUGAUAGAGAGAAGGAUGUCUUGCUGUUUCGAAGAACUGUCAAUGAUGCUCGAAAAGCGAGCAGGCCUGGAAGAACGGGAAAGGUGGCCAUCACUUCAGCCUUCCUGCGAAAUGUUGUGAAGCGCCUUGCAAUCACACAUGCAUCGACGUACACUGAUCUCGCGGUGUUCACGCUGCGAAAACUAGGCACGAAAGUGUCCGACAGCGACACUGCCACCAUCAUUACUGCAUGCCCUGGAGCAUACAUGAUAACCGUACCUUCUCAGUGGGCACACGUCCUGCGCGACAUUGGGAAAACUGCAGAGGGUUCAGAGGAAGGGGGGGCGCCUGGAAACCUCAAUGUUACCGAGCUUCUCCUGAGUUCUUAUGUCGACUUCGCCAAAACAUGUUGCAUGAUCCCUCCAAUUGCUCAAUGGCGGCCCUCGGCACCUUCCACACCCAUCCAUUCCCUCCCGGCGACACCGAGUACCACGCGUCCUUCAACCCCGAAUUCCGCUAUCCAACAUGACUCCACCAGCGCUUUGAGCGAUUUAUCGCCGGCUACUAUAUUCCACCACGUUACCCACCUUUGCAUCGCGGAACCAGCUCAAGCAUGGUAUUCACCGCUUGCACUUCUAGAGGUUUUCCCGUCAUUAACGCACAUUGCACUCCCCCGUCGCGCGCACGCAAACAUAGAGAAUGACGAACUUUUCAUUGGGGAUGUAAAAGCCAUUCUACAGGAGCCAAGGAUACGGGUGGUUAUCAUCAGUAUUUUCCCGCAGACCCUAGUUGGAGCAGAUCAGGAUGAAGCCGUCAGUCGUGAUGCAGGCGGGCCGCUAGAUAUUAAGGACAGCACCAUUUGGCUCGCUGCGGAAGAGCUGAGAAAGGGGGACGGGCGUCUGUUUGUUGUCAAUGGACACUCGGGUAGUUGGAGAAAAGAUUGGCAGGGACCAGCAGUGGUGGCGAGCCCCAGAGGCCCCGGAAAUUGGUGGAGGAAAGUUAUGAACACAUAG